AUGAAAAAGUUUAAAGAGACGCAAGAGUCGGCUAGGAAGGAUGUGGAGCGAACAUUUGGUGUACUUAAGAGACGUUGGCAAGUACUAACAGCCGGGGCAAUGUCAUAUGAGGUGAAAAUGUUACAACAUGUAAUGUAUGCAUGUAUCAUAUUGCAUAAUAUGAUUCUUGAAGAUGAAGGAAGAGCAAUAUGCCAGUACAACGAAAAUGAAGUUUUGCCAAAUGUCGAGAGAGUAGUCAUUGGUACACAAGAGUAUAGGGUGAAUAGAAGAGAAGUACACAAUCAUGACAUUCAUCACGCCCUUCAUGCUGAUUUGGUGGAGCACAUUUUUGGGGCUCAUAUUCAGCCCCCGUUAGAGUUUUCUCACGAUGAUUUGUUUGACGAAUCAGACGAGGAUUCUGAUAUGUUCGUCGAUAGUGAAGAUUCCAACGACGAGAGUGAUGCUGGGGAGAAUGAUGAAGACGAUCAAGGCGAUGACGAAGACGAUGAUUCCGAGUGGCGUAUUUUGGUUUAA